UAUGUGAUUGGCCAGCUGAGAUGUCGCUCUACUUCCUCCUAAAACAGCAUGUUUGACUGCUCAACUCUCCCUUUCUGAACCUGAUCCGACUCCACAAGCUAUUGCACGGCCCUUAAUGGGAAUAAGCAGUAAUAUUAAAAGUAGAGACAGUGAUAUAGAGGAAACUAUACGCUCUGUGUAGCAUCGCAGGAAUAAGCACGUGGAAGCCGACAGGAAAGCACGUGAAUCUGAACAUUUGAAGUAUUAGAGAAUCAGUGCAGUUUAGACGGCGAGCGGGUGGCAGCUGCUGGUUUCACUGACAGGGUAGGAGGAAGUGGCUUAGACAGGUAGACGCGCACUUCGGCUGGAGCAGCGCCGUGUGUCCGAGGAACGCCGGCUGGCCGGCUGCUGCCACCUUAAAGAGCCCGGCAGUGAAAGUGACCCGCGCCGCUGCGUGUCUUUCUGCAGGUCUGUUAACCGAGCAUCCAGCUUGGGCUCUCCGCUGGCUGCCCCGUCGCCUCCCCAGCCGAAGGGUGUAUGCUUGAGAGUGACCCGGCUGCUGAGGGCUAUGCGGCGCGUCACGUUGCUCUGGGCUCUCGGGCUUCUGUCGGCCUCGCUGUCGCUGCUGGCCCAGCUGAGCCAGGCGGACGGCGGGGGCCCGAGUCUGGCCGAGAGGGUCAUCUGGGCGGUGAACGCCGGCGGCGAGGCGCACACGGAUGUGCACGGCGUGCAUUUCAGGAAGGACCCGCUGGAGGGGAAGCUUGGCAAAGCCUCUGACUACGGCAUGCGACUGCCCAUCCUGCGCUCCACCCCCGAGGACCAAGUCCUCUACCAGACAGAGCGGUACAGCGAGGACACGUUCGGCUACGAGGUGCCCAUUCGCGACGAGGGCGACUACAUCCUGGUGCUGAAGUUCGCUGAGGUGUACUUUGCCCAGUCCCAGCAGAAGGUUUUCGACAUAAGACUCAACGGGCACAUGGUGGUUAAAGAUCUGGACAUCUUCGACCGCGUGGGCCACAGCACGGCCCACGACGAGUUUGUGUCUUUCUCCAUCCGGCGGGGCAAGCUGAGUGUACGGGACGAGGUGUCCACCUUCAACGGCAAGCUGACCGUGGAGUUCGUGAAGGGUUACUAUGACAACCCCAAGAUCUGCGCGCUCUACGUGAUGAAGGGGACGCUGGAAGAUGUACCUAAGCUCCAGCCUCACCCUGGACUGGAGAAGCGUGAAGAGGAGGAGGAAGAGGAGGAGGACGAGCGAGAGACUGAGGAGGACGUGGGUAAGCGGGGCCCCUCUGCGGUCCCCAAGGACCGGGUCCGCUCGGGGCCCCGGACGCCCAAUCCGUACGCGGCCGACAACAGCAGCCUCAUGUUCCCCAUCUUGGUGGCGUUUGGAGUCUUCAUCCCUACCCUCUUCUGCCUUUGCCGGCUCUGAUGGAGCACGUGGGGGCCCUGGGGGGGGGCACUGGGCACACGGCAGAAGACGGGGAACGGACUGAGACAAAACGACAGGUGUGCAGACCCAGGAGACGCCAGCAGGGA